UCCGAUGAUACGCCACGUCAUCGAUCCGGUUCAUUCCGAAAUUCCAACGGCUGAGAUCUAUCGGCCUGCAUUGCUACUCUGAAGAACGAACAAGCUGCUCUAUUCCCCUCUCUCUUCCUCGAAAAAUUCUGAAAUUUAAUUUAAUUUUCCUGCGAAAAUUUUCCUGAAUUUUUCCUUGCAAAUUCCUGGAAAAAAUGGCUGUUUAUGAGAAAGAGAGGAGCUUGGAAGAGCUGGAGAGCGAGGAGGAAGUUGAGGAAGUCGUCGACGGGGACGACGAGGGGGAAGUCGAAGGCGGCGAAGACGACGACGGGGAAGACGAUGACGAAGACGAAGACGACGUCGAUGAUGAUGAGGAUGAGCAAGAAGCUCCGCCGAACUCCGCUGCUCCGGAGGUUCACACUGUAGACGACGACGACGACGAUGAGGAUGGUGACGGCGACGACGGUGAGGAGGACGAUGAAGGCGACGACGAUGAUGACGAUGACGACGAUGAAGACGACGAGGAUGAGGAAGGCGUAGAAGAGGAGGAGGAUCUGGGAACGGAGUACCUUGUCAGGCCAUGUGCUACUGCUGAGGAUGAGGAAGAUACGAGUGAUUUUGAGCCUGAAGAGAAUGGCGAGGAAGAUGACGUUGAAGGAGAGGAGGAAGAGGAUGACGACGAUGAUGCUGGUGGGAAAGUUGAGGCCCCACCGAAGAGGAAAAGGUCGGGCAAAGAUGAUUCUGAUGAUGACGGGGGAGAGGAUGAUGAGAGACCAUCCAAGCGGUAAACUCAUCUUGGAUGGGACCCUGACCAUUUCGAUCUGUAGGUCAAUAUUCGUCUCCUUUCCUCAUUCUGUUUAGUCCAUGUCCUCCAUCCAUAGAAAGAAGGCAAUGACGCCCCGUGCUCCUUUCUUGUACUAUGACAGUGCUGUAGCCAGCCUUGUGGUUUUGAGUUGACUCCAUCCUGGACAUGCAUAUAAUCAAUCUGGUCUGGAUAAACGGUUUAGUUAGUCAUGUAAUCUUAAACCUCUUUAGAGAUUAGUUGUUUGUUGUUCAGUAGAAGGAUGUGUUGUUGCAUUUUAAUUUCCCAACCUGGUACUGCUAUAUGGUCUCUGUGUUUUCUGUUGUAUUUCCUGAACUCAUAUAUAUGCGCUAUUAUAUUGGUCUUUUA